CUGCAAGACUCUAUAGAAAAGUUAUUAUUCUUUAAUUCAGGUUUUAAGCUUCAUUUUUUCUCCUUUUAAACGUUUAUCCAAGCGUAAAAAGCUAUCAUUCACCGUUAAGAAGUUAAUUUUGGCUGAAGAAAGGACAGGUCUCUUUCCUCCUUUACUCAUAUGUCCAAUGUCGUUGAAAUCUUAGUAGAAUGAAAUUUGGAAAGGUUAUUGAAAACGAAUUAGUAGAAGAAUGGGCAUCUACUUAUUUUGAUUAUAAAAAAGGAAAAAAGAUAAUCGGGUCGAUUCUGAAAAACCCCGGUGAAGGAUUGCCUGCAAAGCCGAGUGGUCUAUCUGCAGAUAGCACCGAUUUUUAUGAAAAGACAAUCCAAAGGUAGUCGGCUGACUUUAAGUUUCAUCCCAUUUUUCAAGAAUUUCUUGAUCAACAGUUAGCGAAAAUUCAAAGUUUCUACGAAUCCUUGACAAAUGAGGCUCGAGAACGCUUAGACCUGAUUUACGAUCAAAUCCAUAUUUACCAAAAGCUAAAAAACAGCAAGAAAGAGAACGAAAACGAGAAUGAGAACGAAACAAAUGUAAUAGUACAGAAAUAUCAGUCAAGUCUUCGGCAGUAUUUGGAACCUCUUCGGAGAUUCUCUAGAUUUCAGCCAGUCUUUCAUAUUCCUGCUCGAAAGGGAGUACCGACAGAUGCAUAUACUCCUGGUGUGAGCUAUCGUAAAUUGAAGGCUAAACUAAAAAUGGUACUUCUGGAUUUUUACGAUUAUUUAAAACUGAUUAUACAGUACCAAAGCUUGAAUGAACAAGCUUUUCGAAAGAUUGUAAAAAAGUAUGAUAAGAUUUUUCAUACAGAUUUACAAACAAGAUGGAUGAAAUACCUUUCCAAUUUUUCUUUUUCAAAUACCUCUGUAACCGAGCAAUGGCAAAGUAAGAUUGAAGACACAUAUGCCAAUCUUUUCUCAAAGGGAGACAGAAAGAUUGCUGUUGAACAACUAAGAUCUUUACGUCAAAAACAGGAUUACUCAUUUAAUACGAUGCGAUUCGGAAUCCUUUAUGGAGCAGGAAUUCCUUUAGCUAUAGAAGCAGUUUGUUAUUACAAAGGUGAUGAACAGCAUCAGUAUCUUCUUCAAUUAUGGGGUGGAUUUUUAUUACUUAUCUUAAGUUUUGUUUUGUUUUCAUUAGAUUGUUAUUAUUGGGAGAAAACCAGAGUUAACUAUAUCCUAAUUUUCGAAUUUAAUCAGAGAGAAACUUUAAAUUGGAGGCAGCAUAUGGAGAUUUACUCGCUCCUGUUUUUUAUUUAUGCACUUUUCUUUUGGCUUUGCAUGCGAGAUUUUUUUUCCAGGAUUUACGAAUUAUUUUCCGGCUCUUUAUUUAGGGGUGGCAGGCGUGAUUUGCAUUUUUCCUCGUGUCCACUUCCAGGAUUUUUUUUUUCGCUGACCAAAUGGCACUGGAAUGAACCUUAUCUUUGCAAUUCAUCACAUUCCCCUCUUCUUGGGUUUUUUACGGCAUUUCCGGCAAUUUUACGUACCUUUCAAUGCUUUCGAAGAUAUGCCGACUCCUUGCAGAUGUUUCCUCAUUUGGUCAACGCUCUCAAGUAUAUGUUUACAGCUUGUACACAAAUGUUAUUGAGCUUGUGGAGACGAAAUGCUGGUUUAAAGUAUCAAAUUUGUUAUACAGUAGUUGCCGCAAUUAAUUCUCUCUUUUCAUACACUUGGGAUAUAACCAUGGAUUGGUCUCUUUUUAUCCGCAAAAAUCAUCGCUGGGAAUUUCGUAAGCAUCGUUUAUUAAAAAAUAUAUGGCCUUAUGUUUUAGCGAUGAUAAUCAACUUCGUGAUUCGAAACUAUUUCAUCUUCUACUCUAUCUUUCCUAAUCAUAUUCAGCAUUCUUCAGGUCUCAGUUUUUUCUUCACGCUUGCCGAAGUUUUUCGACGAUGCAUGUGGAAUGUUUUGCGUGUUGAGAACGAAGAAAUUUAUAAUCGUGAAAACCUGCGUGCUGCUCGAGAGUUAAAGUUGGAUUUCAUUAAAUCGCCUGCGGAUAGAUUCCCGCAGCCAGGAAUCAGAAGAAGGGAAACUCAGACUAGUGACGGUGACGAUGACGAUUCCAUGGAUGAGCAAUCGGUAGAUCACACCGAAAUGAACGAGUCUUACGAUCCACGAGCGGAAAUGAGACUUGAACAUUAAAUACUACAUCUUCUCUUCCUUUGAUAUUGUACUUUAGUCUUUGUUUUAUUUAACGGAAUACCCAAUCACGCUUAUGAAGAUUCCAAGUAAUCAUCCAUGCUAACUGUUUCUAACAGAUAUCAUUCUUGGUUCGAAAUCUUACUUAUAAAAGUUUAUAUUAAAAGGAUGAUACAAAAGAGUCCUACCUGCAUCUUCUCUAAAAAAACAUACCCAGAAAAUUUGCCUACGAUGGCACCUACUAUGCCGACGAUCGAAAAGGUAAUUGCCAGUCAGAAAUGGUCUUUUCUACUGUGCGCUAUAACAGCUACAAUUUUUCCUCGUUGAAAUAGAAAGCUUUUCGAGUUUCAUUUCAUUUCAUUUCGUUUAGUUGUUUAUUUAUAUUUUUCAUCCUAAUAAACAUUGUCUUGUUUACUAACGUUCGUUUAAGCAUUCGCUAAAAUAUCUUACCGCGAUGUAACGAUUUGUAAUUGAUCUUUGAUUCCAUCUCGAUAUUGAAAUAAUUUCUCAGCUCUUGUGAAACCUGC